GGUGUGCUCCAUGGGUAGCCCCAGGCUGGCGGGUUGUUGAAGCGGGAUGGAGAUUAGCUGGGGUUACAUUGGUCUGGAGCUGCUGAUCGCGGUGCUGGCCAUUCUGGGCAAUGUGCUGGUCUGCUGGGCUGUUGCCACCAACAACAACCUGAAAAGCGCCACCAACUACUUCCUGGUGUCUCUGGCUGUGGCUGACAUCGCCGUCGGAGCUUUCGCCAUCCCGUUCGCCAUCAUCAUCAGCGUGGGCAUGAGCACCCGUUUCCACGGCUGCCUGUUCCUCGCCUGCUUCGUCCUGGUGCUCACCCAGAGCUCCAUCUUCAGCCUCUUGGCGGUGGCUAUCGACAGGUACCUGACUGUCAGCAUCCACCUCAGGUAG